AUGGAGACCUCAAGCAGAGCCUCAAGAGUAUCAAAUGGCUGUCCACCUAUUCGCGCCACUGUCACCCGGAUGUGCCAACUUUGGUCUGAAGUACUUGGCACGUCAACACAAGGGAGAGUAUCCAUCAGCAUCCCCUCUGUAGAAGAAGCAAUGGAGUUGAUUGCUGAAGCACGAGAGUUGUGCAAGAGAGGAGGUUUGCAUCUACACAAGUUCAACUCAAAUGAAAGGUCAGUUCUGGACUCUGUGGACCCAACUGAGAGAGCAGUCACAUCUGAACCCCUCAAUCUGGACCUAAAUGCAGCUCCAUCAGAACGUGCUCUUGGUAUUCAGUGGUCCCUUGAACAAGACACCUUCAGCUUUAAUGUAAACCCUCAGACCAGGCCCUCCACACGUCGUGGCAUCCUAUCCGUCAUUGCUUCCUUGUACGAUCCAGUCGGAUUCGUGGCUCCAUUUAUCUUAACCGGAAAGUGCAUCCUCCAGGAGCUGUGCAGUCGAGGCAUUGGCUGGGAUGAAGACUUAAGUCCACGGUGGGAGAGAUGGAAGAGUGACCUACAAGGGCUGAAGGAAGUCUCAAUACCGAGAUGUUACGAACCACAAGGCUUCUGCAAAACUGUCACAAGGGAACUCCACCACUUCUCAGAUGCCAGCAAUAUAGGAUAUGGCUCGUGUUCCUAUCUGAAAAGCAAGAAUGAAGAUGGUGAAGUUCACUGCAGCCUCGUGAUGGCAAAGGCUAGAGUUGCGCCUACAAAACUCACAAGCAUUCCAAGAUUGGAACUUUCAGCAGCAGUGGUCGCUGCAAGAUCAAGUGUCAUGCUGAGAAACGAGCUUGAAAUGUCGAUCCAAGCUGAAUUUUUCUGA